UGGUCUCAUUAUUUAACAUUACAAAAUCCUAUCUUCCGCACCCCCAAAAAAAAGCAUGACUUUUUUCUUUCUUUUCUUUUUAUUUUUUUCAUGUCAUUUUUAUCCAAAAAUAACCUUACUGAUAUAUUAUGGAUUGAAACCUCUAUUCCUGUUAUUGCUUCUAUUUAUUAUCACCUUCACUUAAAACAGACUCAUUCUCUUUAUUGUCCGGAUGAUGUUAUUGAUCAUAUCAACCACCAACACGUACGCGAUCUAGCCCGUGAUAUUCUUUAUGUGAUAGAUUCGAACAAUUAUAAAAAAUUGGCUCUUCAUUUUAUACACUUCAUAUCCCUUUCGAAACGAGACGAUCUUGUACGCUUUCUUCUCAAACGACGACCUCAUUUGACAGUAUCUUGUUUGACAUUACCAGUUCCAGUUAUUCAACAGUUUUAUUUAUCAGGAUGGUCUUUCUCUCUUGGUCCUAAAUCUGAACCUUUAUGGUAUCGUCAAUGUCUUGCACCAUUCAAGGAAACAUAUACUCCAGCGUUAUCACUUGUACCAUCCGAUGCAUCUCAUACUAGUCAAGACUUUCUCCAACCAUUCUUGAUAGCUUCAAAGGAAUUUACAAAGAAGGCUCUUUUUGUACAUAUGACUCAAGAUAUGAUUCAAUUCAACCCAACAAAUACAACUUCUAAUAGUACUCAAACAGACAAUUUAUUUCAAAUAACGGAUGCGGCAUUACUGGCAAUUCAAGGAUGGAUGGACGCAAUAUCUUCAUUACCAAGUGAAGCUGGAAAUUCACUGAUCUUGAUUGCAGAUGAAUCCAUCUUUUUUAGUAAAACAGAACAACUAGAACUACAAGAAAUAAAUCAUGAACACCAAAAUCAAAAAUUAUCCCUUAGACGGCAACAAGUUCAGCAUAUGAUGGAGUCAUUAGCAUAUCAACUUCCAGUUUACCUUUAUCUUAGUCAUUACAACACAUCACGGAAUAAUACAAUUGACAAUAAUUUAGCAUGGCUACAACAGCGACAUCAUAUUUCUAUCGCCUAUUCUAUACUGAUGACUUGGGGUCCCUAUCAACAAACUGUGGAACAGCUGGAUCAAUCAGUCAGUAUGCCUAUUCAUCUUGAUUUGACCUGUAUUGCGAAAUAUGACCGAUCUAGGUGGAAAACUGAAUUUGUUGAGUUAUUAAGGAAACAUGCCUAUCAUCCUCAUUUGGAAAAGGAACGGUAUAUUUCACCUGAUAAAUUGAAUCUAUCUUCAUCUAAUGAAGACUAUGUUACACCAAUGUUGAAUCUGGACGAUCAUCAUUUUAUAUCAACAAGAAUGGAAUCUGGUGAAACAUUUAGUCAUAGCGUCUCCUCUAUGAAUUCAAAAGUAAUGGAAUCAUGGGUGAAGGUACAACAUAUUACAACUGGAGAAAGUGAUCAUGAUAACAAUGGACAGAAAAACAAUAUGAAAAUAAAUGACAGCGAGAAAACUCAUCAUGAUAUGACAGGUGACUUUACAUCAGACGCGUCUACACAAGAAGAGUCGACAUUGAAACUGGAACAGCUGGUGAAGCAAAUCACUCAGGACAGAAUACAGAACUACAUAGCCAAUAGCGGUGCUUUUACAAGGGGACAAGGUCUUUUACAUACAUUCAGUGAAUUAUCGUGUACUUGGAACGAUGCAAAUGAUACUCUUCUUUUAUUUGCCAAGGCUAAGGGUACAAGCGAAACACCUUAUGAUGUACAUAUUGUUCUCGAUAGAAAGGGCAACGAACGAGUGAUCAGAGAUGGGAAAUGUACUUGCCCAGUUGGACGGAAUGGACGAUGCAAGCAUUGUGCAGCUUUAUUAUUACUAUUUAUGAACGACAGCGAUGGAUUUAAACGUAAUAACCAAGGACAAGAACAAAAAACGACCAUGACCACGCAAAACAUAUCGACAUCAAAAUCGUCUCCUUCCACAACAGAGACAAUACCAACGAUAACAUCAUCAUCUGUGGCAAAUAACACUCUUAUAUCUACAAAACAACAUCUCAUAGAAAAUGAUUCAGCAAGAAUACUAGCAGCUCCUUCACGGUCAUCACCAUCAUCAACACCAUUGGAAAAAUUUAGUGACAAGGAAACAGAUACCAUUACUCCUGAUAUUGACGAUUCGAUGACUAGCAGCAGUCCUUCUACGACAGAGCAACACAACCCAACUGAUACUGCAACUGAUCAUGAUCUUCCUCCAAGGCGACGUCGCGUUUUACCAUGGGCUCAAGAUCCAACACAGAAAGGGACGAAAGGUAGAAAGAAGCAACGAGUUAGUAAGAAACAGUCAAUACCAUCUGACUCUUUCCAUGAUCCGGAGGCCAAGAAAACAAGUCCUUUAUCACCUAGAACUGGAAAUAACAAAAAGAAGACGGCACAUCAGACAGAUAAUUCUGAAGAUGAUGACGGCAAUGAUGAUUUUGAACAAGAAUUCCAAGGAGACAAAGGGACACCAAUGCGACGACCGAGAAGAAAUACUCAACAAAAAAUCAAAUUGGUGUCAAAUAUGACAGGUGACGAUCUCGAUAAAAUGUCAUCAAUGAUGGACGAUAGCAUGGAUGAAGGAAAACAAAGUCAAACAUUGGAAAAUGAAUGUUUUAACUACCAAAAAUCUUCUCUUAGUUUGGUAAGUCAUCAUCAAAAAUGAAAUACAAAAAAAAAAAAAAAAAAAAUUGGAUGUAUGAUAUUGAUUUUUUUUUUUUUUUAGCCCAUGACAAACCUAGAUCUUCUUUCGUCAAAUGAUAAUGAUGGCUCAGAAACUGAAGAUGAGGAUCAAUCACUUUUACCACAACUUGAUUCCGGAGAGCUGGCAAACGCAGACGAAACAAGAUCUUAUCCUUUGGAACAACCGCAACAACAUCAACACCAAAAAGAUCAUAUACCUAGUCGUUUUGCUAGAUCAACUACUUCAGACUUGUUUGAUGAAUUAGAUCUUUAGAGCUUCAUCUUCCUUCUUUUUUUUUGGCGGUUUUUUUUUAUAUAUAUCUUUGAAUUUCAAUAAACUUAUCUAUAUGUAUAGUGA